GUCGAUUAAGCAGUCUUGUUUUGCACCGCUUACACUUCGACGUGCGCGUUCAUUGUUAUAAUGCAUGUUGCAUCUUGAACUAUUUGUGAUUGUUGCUAUUUAUUAAAGUUAAAAUGGUGCUGUGUCCGCCUUUCCGAUGGUCGUCCAAGGGAGGUUUCAAUCUGACCACUCCCGUCAAGAGAGGGAACCCCGAGGAACGAAGAGAAACUAUAGUUCAAUUACCUGAAUUUCUACCUGAGAACAGUCGUAAUGAAACCAGUACCACAAAUGGAAAUGCUGUCAUAUUAAAGAAGAGUCUCACUUUAUCGGUGGACCCUGGAAUUUCCAGUAAGAAAUCAAGUUACAUGAGCAUACAGAGUGAAAAAUCUAGCGGCAGUAACAGUAACUUCAGAGAUUCAGACAGUGAAAAUGUCGAUGAACGUAAAAGCAGUUUCGGAAGAAAGACAAUUUCAGACUUGAUGCAGUCUAAUCCUGAUAUGCGAAGUCGUAGGAAGAGAGGAAUUAUUGCACCUCCGAUUGAUAACGGAAAAAUACAAACUGAUUUAAGUUACGAGAAAUAUGCAAAGGACGAUAAAUCAGCAGAACAAAUCAAAAAGGCGAUCAUGGCUAAUGACUUCUUAAGAAAUAUCAUGGACGAGGAUCGUCUCACGGCAGUAGUAGAAGCUAUGAACUCCCUGGAGUACCCAGCUGGCAGCCUCAUGAUACGCGAAGGAGAAAGUGGCAGUCACCUCUUUGUGUCAGCGUAUGGUCGAUUUGAAGUAUUAAAAGGAGGUCAAGUGGUUAAAAACUUCGGACCAGGGGAAGCGUUCGGUGAACUAGCCAUAUUAUACAAGGCGAAAAGAUUUGCAUCGAUUAGGUGUAUAACAGAAGCAAAAGUAUGGACCUUGGAGCGACGAGUUUUUCAAAAAAUUAUGGUUCGGAGCGGGAGACAAGAACAGGAAGAUAACAUUCGGUUUUUGUCAUCGGUGCCGCUGUUACAAGGCAUUCAUCCCAUUGAAUUAGCAAAGAUCGCUGACUUCCUGAAAAGGGAAUUUUUCUCUGCUGGUACGGCCGUUGUGAGGCAGGGCGAUCGCGGAGACAAAUUUUAUAUCAUCCGAGGUGGUACCGUGGUGGUAUCGAAACGUGAAGAGGACGGCGGUGAUAGACGCGUGGGGUCAUUGGGACGAGGUCAGUACUUCGGUGAACAGGCCCUCCUGCAUGAAGACCGACGCCUGGCCACCGUCACCGCUAUGCCGCCCGGAGUCGAAUGUCUAACCCUUGAACGCGGACCCUUCACCGAGCUGUUGGGAAAUCUAGAAGAGUUAAAAAAUGUGAGACAUGCGGAUCCCAGACCAUCACAACAAAAGAAAUCAUCAAUUAUACGCAGUGAAUUUGAAUAUGUUGAAUUAAAGGACCUCGAGAUUAUCGGCACAAUGGGUGUGGGUGGCUUCGGACGCGUGGAACUCGUUCAAUAUAAAAAGCAGCCUGAACGCACAUUCGCUCUGAAAUGUCUGAAGAAGGUCGACAUGGUCCAACAACAGCAGCAGGAGCAUGCUUUUAAUGAAAAAAAUAUUAUGAUGAUAUGCAACAGCAGAUUUAUUUGUCGAUUAUACCGCACUUUCAAGGACAAUAAAUACAUCUACUUCUUAAUGGAGCCUGUGCUGGGAGGCGACGUGUGGACCAUCCUACAAAAGCAGAGAUAUUUCCCAGAGAACAUCGCUCGUUUCAUGGCCGCAUGUGUGGUCGAGGCUUUCCAGUAUCUGCACUCCAAAGAUAUUAUAUACAGAGAUCUUAAACCAGAGAACUUGAUGCUAGAUAAAUCCGGAUACAUUAAAUUGGUCGAUUUCGGUUUUGCAAAAAGACUUACACCAAACUCAAAGACUUGGACAUUUGCUGGCACACCGGAAUACGUAGCACCAGAAAUUGUUUUAAAUAAGGGUCACGAUCGUGCUGUAGACUGUUGGGCGUUGGGCGUCUUUAUUCACGAACUUCUAGUUGGCAAGCCUCCAUUCCGUGCCGCUGGCGGAGACCACAUGAAGACCUACACCCUCAUCCUGAGAGGAAUCGACGCCGUCACCUUCCAUCCUCGGGUACCCAAAUCAGCACAGUUGCUUAUACGCAAGCUGUGCCGUGCCGUGCCCGCUGAGAGACUCGGCUACCUCAAGAAUGGGAUCGCAGAUAUUAAAUCACAUAAAUGGUUCCUUGGAUUUAACUGGGAAGGUCUUCGCGAGGGCAAAUUAAAGGCGCCGCUAAUACAACCUGUAACUAAUGAUCUGGACCUUUCAAACUUCGAGAAAUAUCCUAAAGACAAGUUACCGCCCGACGAAACCUCGGGAUGGGACGUUAAUUUCUAAUACAAUCUUUUAUUUUUGAACAAGUCUAACUAUCGGGGAAUUGUAUUAAGUUUUAAUACCAGGUGCUGUACUAUAAGUAAAGAAACUAUUAUAUUUUUGAUAUUUUGUAAUUUUUUAUGUACUUAUUUUACUACAGUCAGAAUAAAAAAUAUAAAAAACUAAA